CAUCGCUCAGUGCGCAUCUCACAGAUCUGAACACGUUCACCUUCCACUGCGAAUCUUAUUAUUACUGCUAUUAACAGGCCAGACAAACGACAGCUCUCAGCUACUGUCGCGGACAGCCGAGUGAACGAUUUCCCCAAUGCGAUAGGUAUUUUAGCCCUUCGACCAGCGUUUUCAGGGUGAAAAAGCGAGACAAAAUGGCCGAGCUGCCGAUGGGGAAAGGGGUUUCUGCGGGGAAGAUAGCGAGCAAUGUGCAGAAAAAAUUAACCAGGGCUCAGGAGAAGGUUCUGCAGAAACUUGGCAAGGCUGAUGAAACGAAAGAUCUUGCAUUUGAAGAAGGAGUCAUUAACUUCAACAAACAGCUGGCCGAGGGAACCAAACUUCAGAAAGAUCUACGGGCCUAUUUAGCUGCUGUAAAAGCAAUGCAUGAGUCCUCCAAGCGUCUCCAAAAGUGCCUGGCUGAUAUGUAUGAGCCGGAGUGGUACGGCAAAGAUGAAAUGGAUUCUAUUGUAGAGGACUCAGACCUCUUGUGGACAGACUUUCACCAGAAGCUAGUGGAUCAUGCCUUGAUCUCCAUGGACACUUACUUGGGCCAGUUUCCGGAUAUUAAGGCCCGUAUUGCGAAGCGAGACAGGAAACUGGUGGACUAUGACAGUGCCCGCCACACUUAUGCUGCUGUAAACAAGAGUAAGAAGAAGCCAACAUCUUUGUUAGAGAGGGCCACUCCAGGAUGGGCACAGGGGAUUCUUUCUGCUCAUAAUGUUGCUCAGACCAGCCUGUCCAGGAAUCAGGCAGAGGAAGAGUUAGAGAGGGCACAGAAGGUGUUUGAGGAUAUCAAUGUAGAUCUUCAGGAGGAGCUGCCAUCACUCUGGAACAGUCGUGUUGGCUUUUAUGUAAACACUUUCCAGAGUGUGUCUGGUCUGGAGGAGAAGUUUCACAGAGAAAUAGGAAAGCUGAGCCAAAACAUGUAUGAUACUUUGGAGAAACUGGAGAAUGAAGACAUGUCCAGAAAAGCAGAUAACGGAGGGGGGAUGAAAUCAACAGCUCAAAGGAGUGACAGAACACAAGAUGCCAAUCACACUCUGAGCCCAGGAGGACCACCAGCCAUUCCAAAAUCUCCAUCUAAGCUGAAACCUGCUGUUCCUCCACCUCCAAAAGUCACUCCAUCAAAGGAUCUGAAGCCAGAGAACAUUAUUAACCUAUUUGAUGAGGCUUCUACUCCAGGCAUCAGUGUUACAUCUCCAACACAAUAUGAUGCCCCAGGCACUAGUAAUCUGCUGGACAUGGACCUGGAUGCACUGCAGGCUGCUACCACACCAGUUGCCACCAACCCGCAGACCUGGGAUUCAUGGGAGCAAGCAGAGAGCCACGCUGAUGCGCCCCAGACAUGGGACGAUGAUGGUAGCCAGCCUGUGCGCACUGGCUGGGGGGAUGGCGCUACUCAGCCUACCUGGGAUGAUGAUGGUAGUCAACCUGUGUGUGCUGCGCCUGCGUAUCCUACCUGGGAUGAUGAUGGCAGCCAACCAGUGCACGCUCCAGCUGCAGAACCGACUUGGGACGAUGAUGGGUCCCAGCCAGUGUGCGCUCAGGGUUUGGACAGUGAAGGGGCUCAGGCAGCAGAAGGUGCACCUGCCACAGAAGAGACAGCAGCAGCAGCAGCAGCAGCAACAGCAGAAGAUGCUAAUGGAACCACAGAAGUAGAGAUGCCACCCAAUUUCAUUUAUAAAGUUCAAGCAAUGCAUGACUAUGUUGCUAGCGACACGGAUGAGUUAGAGAUGAAAACGGGAGACGUAGUGCUUGUGGUGACCUACGAUAUUCCUGAUGAGCAGGACGAGGGCUGGUUGAUGGGAGUGAGAGAGGCCGACUGGCUCCAGAUGAAAGAUCUCAACAAAAAAGGAGUGUUUCCUGAAAACUUCACACAGAAGAUGUGAGAGCCAUGAUGUGACCUUGACCAUCAUUCGAUGUUUGCUCUUUGUCCUUCUUCCAUGAUACCUUGCUUCACCUUCAAAUUUAUGGAUGUUCAGUAAGAAGAGAGGUAUGUGAAACAACAUUAGAGCAAAACAGGCAGUCUUUGCAAAUCUAACCCAACAUGCUCCUGGUACCUGACUCUGUUGAGGACUCUUUACAAUGGAGGAAAGUUGUAUUGUCAGUUGAUUCAUGUUUACAGUGUUUCGGUUGUUCUGAUGUUCUGAGAGUGGCUGUGAGACUUUGUCAGUGUAUGAAUUUUAUUUUGCCUGUUCUUUGAGAAAGUGAGGUCUAUUUCAAAUGCUUUGUGAUAUUGUACUCAUAUGGGAGGCAUAAUAUUUAUAUACAUGUGCCAGCCUGUUAAAUAGUCGGACUAUAGAUAUAUUCCUCUGUGACUAAACAGGUUAUCCUUUCUAGCCCUCAGGCCUUUUUAUUUAUAUGAUUUUUUUUAUGUGUUUGGUUUUAAACAAUCAAAAAGCAUAGGACAGCUGGGUGAAUAUAGAAAGCCAGUAACUUUCUAAGGAGAAGUCCCUGUAGUAUAGUUUAAUGAAACAGGCUGCAUGAAACUUCCUGUAUAAUUGUGAUCAACUCACAGCUAAGAAUGAGGAGGAUAUAGAAUACUUCCACAAAAUAGACUAUUCCCCACAUCCUCCUCAUCUUACUAUGUGUUGUAUAAAAGGAGUGUAAUAAACUCAGACUCAUCGAUGAGAGUAGAAGGCAUCUUCACCUCAACACUAUAUUUGAACAUCUCAGUGUUACACACAGUAGACUAAUCAUUAACAAUAUACCAUAAUACAUGAAUGACCAGUCGUAAGUUAAUAUCGCACAGUAACCAAGAAAAUAAAACCACGCAAACAGAACCUUAUAUGCAGAUAACCACUGACAUAUGCAGCUAGUGUAGACACUAAAGAGCAGAUAUUUUUCUCAGGAUUAAAGGUAGAAAAUUAAGCAUAAACACUGUGCCCUGCUUGGCCCUCAACUUUAUUGUGUAGACGAUGUAAAUGUGUUCAGAGCUUCAGACUAUAUCUUUACUUUUUUCAUUUCCCUUCUCACAUCAUUGUGCUGGAUAGUGCUUGUUGAAAAAAAUGUUCUGUAUUUGUACUGUAUAGUCAUUAUUUCAUUCUUCAUUCUUCAUUUUUUACAGUAGACUAGAUACCUGUGACAUGUUUCCUCCAGAUAUGCAAUAACGUUCUAACAAUUUUUUUCUGCCACCACAUCCUUGGACAUACAGUGAGGUUCAAAAAGAAUUUGGACACGUAAAGAUUUAAUCAUUCUUUAAGUUGUUAAUCAUUGCUGAACAUUCUUUUAUGAUAAUGUCAUAACAUACAUACUUAACAAAUAGAUUUGUUUCUAAGGACAUAGAAAAGCCUGGAUAACAAUUCCAGCCAGACUGCACUAAGGCUACUGUAAAGCACAGAGGUAGAAAUGUCAAAGUGUGGGGCUGUUUUUAUUACAGUAGUGUUGCUCAGCUUGUGUUCAUAGAUAGGAUCAUGAACUCAAAUGUGCAAAGGCAUUUUGGAUGAAAAUCUACAGAAAAUUGCAAGAAAUCUUUUGAAAGGCCUAUUCAGACAUUUUCAACUUACAUGGGCUCCUGGGGUAAUUUCUGCUUUUAAAAGGUGCUACUCUGUGAUUUUAUUUCUGUCCAGAUUGGUCUUGUCAGUGUUUUACUCCAUACCCAUCUGAGAAAAUUACAGGCUGAAUUGCCUGUCAUUUUCACCCAACUCACUGAUGAUCAUUUUAGUCCCACCCAAGUACACAUCUCUGUAAUUUUUCAGGCAGAUGUUGCCUGAAAAAUGGGUUUUAGUCUCCUAGUAUACGUGUCCAUAUUAAACACCUGCCAAAUCACAAAGAUUCUCCUGAACAUGUACUUUGUCUGGUUGGUACAAAUCCAUCUAAAUGCUUUGUGCACUGAGAGAGCAUUAGCAGGAGAAAGACAAUCAGAAAAGCAAGAUCCUGCAGACUGAUUUAAGUGGAGACUAACUGGCAGCUAGAGGAAUAAAGAACUACACAUUUACAAUAUCAUCCAUUUUUGGUUUUCUGUGAUCUUGUUUGUUCUAUGUACCACAUUAUUUGUAAGUCGCUUUGGAUAAAAGCGUCUGCUAAAUGUAAUGUAAUGUAAUGUAAUGUAAUGAUCAUAUGACCAUACAAACGUCUUGGUUAGUAGAAGAUACCACCCCCUAGAAACGCACUCAAUCUGUGGUAGUUUUGUUUUGGAUGCACGAAACACACCAAUCUUGGAAUAGUCUGUUUGAAACAAAUGCCAUUUUAUAUGAAUUUUUUUCCACAUUUAAUACACUAUAAGAAUGGCACAAAUAUCCAAAUACUUUUUUUGGGCCACAGUGUGUUGUGAUUGGAAGAAAGAUUUGUCAAAUUCUUCUAAGAAUAGUACUGGCUCUCCCUCCUAUGCUGCAGUUUUCAGCCACAACCAAGAAUAUGCAUAAUAUUUAUUGAAUCCAAUUACACCGUAUUUAUAGUUUUAUUUUUGUAUAUUGUGAGUCAAUGACAAUUGAGGACAUACUGGUGAGUGUUUAUAAUAUAAAACUGUGUGCCAUGGACUGGAUUCUUAACUGGAUUUCUUACUAAUCCACAGGACUCUCAAGUUUGUUGUGCUUUGGUUCUUUGUGUAAUCUGUUUAAGGAUAUGUACACUUCUUUAUUCACUUGGGAACUUAACUUCCCUUAUGUCCUUCUGUAUCUGCUGACUUGAACUUUAACCCUGUGUAAGCUCAGUGUCCAUACAGAGGGAGAGAUAAACUAGGUCCAUUGCAGCAUGGAUUAUCAUUCAUGUGUUACGUUGAUAGAGAACACUGCUUAUUUCAUUGUUUCUUCUUAAUGAAGCCAUUCUAAUGGACAAGCAAUGGACAAGAGUUUCAUCCAAUCUGGAAAGUUUGCGUAUGUGGGUGUUUUCGUAUCCUUCAUUACAAAUUAAAUUACGUCUGUAUAAGGACAGAUAACUAAAUUACUGACACUCUUGAUGUAGCUGUAGCUGAUAGGAUUUGAUUAGAUUGGAUUAGAUCUUAAUAAACACACUGACCAAGUGGAAAACACACUUUUCCUUCCUGUGCUUCAGCCUAAUGAGAUGAUUUGCUUCUGUUAUUGUGCCAGUGCAUUUGUAAAUGUGAACAUGGUGUCAUUUUGUUGCGCUUCAUUGAUGAAGACACAUAAUAUUCUCUGAACAUAUCUACAGUAUAUGUGUGACUGUCGUGUGAAUGUGACCGAGGCAUGCUUAACCUCAUGUACAGUGUGUUGGUGUAUUUAUGUUCUCUUGCCGAGGUGGGUGUGAGGUCCAGACCCACGUUAAGCCUCUAUAAGCCAUGAGUGUUCCUAUUCUACAACCGUGCACCCUACUGUCUGGUCAAUGCUAAUAAACAUUGAUUUAAUCCUGGCAUGA